AUGGCGAGCCUCUUGCUGCGUCUGUUCCAUUCGGACUACUUUUCGCCGCACCUCGCGCUUUCCUAUUUACGCACGUACUCGGACAACAUCGGCAUCACCUACUACCUCGUGAGCCAGCUCGAGUCCGCAUUCCCCUCGCACCACGUCGAGUUCUACUGGCCCCAGCUCUGCCACCUCCUCAUCACCAAGCCGUCCGACUCGCGCGCGCUCGAGUGCUUCAUCCUGCGCAGAUGCAACGAGUCCGUACACGUCGCACUCCUCACCCUCUGGUACUUCCAGGCUGCGCUUUCCGACCUCUCGUCCAACCCGAAUACAGCCUCGUUUCACAUCUGCCAUCGCGUCUUCAACGAGUGCCAGCGCAUCCUCUUCCAGGACCCGCUCGCUUCGUCCAACCCGGUCUAUGCGCUCGCUUCCGCGCCUGCCGAUGCUCCCGGACCCUCCAACUCGAAUCUGCUCCAGAAUGGGCUCGAGCGCAUCCGUCUGGCGGCCACGUCCACGUUCCGACGCCAAAAGGUGUCGCCGCACACGCCCAUCGCCAACAUCGUCGGCAUCGGCUCGGUGCUCGCCAGUGCGCCCGGCAUGCCUCGCCUCGCCGACAUCACGGGGAAUAUCGCCAUCGAGCAGGCACGACAACCCGUAGACCCCAUGCAGCACGCCCUCGCCUCGCGUGACGCCCAGCGCUCAGCACGUCAGGACCUCGACGAUGAUGACGACGAUGACGAGGCCUUCCAGCACGACCAGCUCUACGAGAGCAACGAUCGCGCCGCAGAGGAUGGUAUCGACAGCGACGACAACGACUCGCUCAACGAAAAGCCCGCCACCACCACCUCCACAGCGGCCCCUGAUCCGCACGCACGAGACUCGAGCCUCUCGUCGUUGGCCGGCUCGCUCGUCAAGAUGGCCGCCUCGUCGGUAUCCAUGGCACGCGCUGACACGGCGCCUCUGCCUCCGCCCAAGGACUCUCCGUCCGCUGCUACCUCUACCACAACCACCAAGGAGAUCACCUCCGGAGGCUCGUUGCCCGCCGCCGACACCGCCAAGCGCCCCGACAACCCGUUCACCACCUUGGCCGCCGGCUUCAAUGCCGGCUUCAACGACUUCAAGGGCAAGGCGGCCGCCGCCGUGGGCGAGGUGUUUGGCCAGGCGCACAACGACGCCCACCCCAGCACCUCUACACGAACCGCCACGGGCGCACGCAAGAACCCGUCCUCGACAGCAGCGCCUCCACCCUGGUCGCCGCACAAGCAUCGGCAGCUGGCGUCGUUCGGUCAGCAGGCGGCAUCGUCGCGCUCGGUGCCCAACCUCGCCUCGACGCGCGCGGGCGUCGCCUCGGUGUUCGCCUCGUCCGCCGCACUCAACCAGCCAGCCGCCAAGACGGAGGCGGUGCUGGCGCUGUACAAUGCCGAGGCACGGCGCAGCCUGCUGCGAUCCAACUAUUGCAAGGAGCAGACGCGGUUCCUGCUGGCGUUGCAGGACAUCUCGGCGCGGCUGUUGCUGUUGCCCAAGCCGGCGCGGCUGUCGGCGCUGCGUGCCGAGCUGACCGCGCUCAAUCACAAGCUGCCCGCCGAUGUGUGCUUCCCGCUGUGGUGCACUGCGGAUGACAAGGAUGUGCGCUCGGGAGGGGAAGCGGCGGGUGCGGCAAAGAGGCACCACCGGGUGGUGAGGAUCAAUCCAAGCGAGGCGGUGGUGCUCAAUUCGGCGGACAGGGUGCCGUUUUUGCUGCAUGUAGAGGUGCUCAACAACGAGCUGGAUUUCGAUCCGGAGCGCAGGCACAACCGCGACACGCUCAGGAGGCUUGUCACCGAGGAGGACUCGCGCAGGCGCAAGGCCGCCGCUGCGUCGUCGCCGUUUGUGCAGGCGAGCGAAAGUGCGCGCAAUACGCCCGAUCUCGUCGAGCAUGACGAGGUCGCAACGGCGGCCAACGAUGGCGAUGCGCAUGAUGCAGCAGCAGCGGUGUUGGAGCUGGAUGGUCAGCUGGGCACGCGGUCGAGCACGCCACGGCCCGCAUCGCAGCCUCUGACGCCCGCGAUGGAGCGUGGGGAUGCCAUGGAUGCCGAACGCAGUGCAGCCGAGGCGGAGGCGGACAUGGGUACGCUGCGGGAGCCAGACGCGGCAGGCGAGGAGAUCGACCUGACCGAGCAGAUGUACGGUUCGGACCUGGCCGGGUUCGGUGGCGAGCGCGAGACGUCUUCGGACGACGACGAGGAUCUGUCGACGCGCAACCGGAUGCACGAUGCAGCGGCCUGGAGCGCGCCCGGCGACGGGGAGGUGGCGGCGGGCCAUCGACCCAUGCAGGAGUUUUCGCUCGACGAGUAUGCGCAGCGCAUGCGCACGGCGGCGGUCAUGCUGUCGCAGCUCAACAAGUCGAGCAACGCCACCAAGGCGCACGCCAUCGUCAACUACGGCCCGAAUCUCGGCAGCAAUGCGCAGGGCGGAUGGAGCUCGUGGAUCGUCCCCACCAACUGGUACUCCUCUGCCACCACCGGGGCGAAUGGAGGAGGCGCGGGGGAUAAGGCCGAGGUGGGACAGGGGACGGCGGGGGUGAGUGCGCAUGUGGGGAUGGAUGUACGCGUGAUGGGUGGCGUCGGGGGAGCAGGGCAGAGCUCGAGGUUGGUGCAUGCCGAGACGGAGGCGAUCCGCAAGCGGAUCAUGCACGAGAUGAUGGCGUUGGAGGAGGAGAGGAUGCGGCGCAUGAAGGCGGGUGGGCGAACGGCGGUGCGUGCGAGAGCCAAGGCAUCCAAUCCAACCACGCGCAUGGGCGAGGACGAGGAAGAAGCGGUGCUGCGCGCGGUCAACAAGGACGAUCCCUCGGCGGCCAUGUUCAGCGAGUCCUGGGCAGCCAAAAAGGAGCGCAUCCGUGCCUCAUCCCCCUACGGCCAUCUGGCUAGUUGGGACGUAUUCUCGGUCAUCGUCAAGACGGGCGCCGAUUUGCGGCAGGAACAGCUGGCGGUGCAGUUGAUCAACGAGUUUGGGCGGAUUUGGGAGGAGACGGGGAGCGAAUGUUGGGUUCGCUACUUCCGCAUCCUGGUGACGAGCGAGAAUAGCGGGUUGAUGGAGACGAUCACGGAUGCGGUGAGUGUGCAUUCGAUCAAGAAGGAGGCGUACUCGCGCAUGGCGGAAGAAGACAAGGCGCGGGGAUUCUCGCUGUACGAUCACUUUCUUGCGGCGUAUGGGCCGUCGACAUCGACGGGGUUUAGCAAGGCGAGGGGGAGGUUUAUGCGAUCGCUGGCGGGGUAUAGUAUCAUCAGCUACCUGCUGCAGAUCAAGGACCGACACAACGGCAAUAUCCUCGUUGACCGCGAUGGACGACUCAUCCACAUCGAUUUCGGGUUUAUGCUCGGCAUCAGUCCUGGCGGCGUGGGGUUCGAGGCGGCGCCGUUCAAGAUGCCGCAGGAGUACAUCGACAUCUUGGGCGGGCUCGAGAGUCAGGAGUUCGACGAGUUUAAGAAGCUCAUGCGGCAGGGAUUUAGGGACGUACGCAAGCAUGCGGAGCGCAUCAUCAUGCUGGUGGAGCUCAUGGCCAAGGAUUCCAAGCUGCCCUGCUUUGCACUGGGCGACUUGACGGCGGCCAAUCUGCGCGACAGGUUCCAGCUGGGAUUGAGCAGUGCGCAGUGCGACGAGUUUGUGGAUAGGUUGGUGUUGUCCAGUGCCGGUAGUGCGUUUACGAGGCUGUACGACAUGUAUCAGCGCCUCACCGAGGGCGUCCUCUAA